AUGUCAAGUUUAGAGAAUACCGAUUUAUCGACAUCUGAUGAGCUCAAGUUUGUAGCGGACAGAAGUGAAGAUUCCAGUCUUGAUGCGUUUCCACAACAUGAAGAAUGUAUUGCAAUACUUACAAUGAAAUGUGGAGAACCCCUGAUGGCUGUUCGUAAGAAAUUACACGAUGAAGUGCCAAUUACGUUUAUUCCAGAUGAAGGUUUUGGAGUCUUUCAAAGUAAAGUGGAACGUCAUUACAAUAAAUUAGGACCGAAUUAUGUCCAAGAACGACGAGCAAUUUACUUGAAACCAAGUAGUAAUGCGACACAAUCCAAGUAUGUGCAAUUGACUAAGGAAAAUUUUGAUCCAUUGUUACGGGUACGGUGGAAAGUAGCACGGAGUAUGAAGGUAGAGCUCAAGUACGAGGUGUUUUGUUAUUUUGUUGACAUUACUACAAAAAAGGAGAAGAAGAGACUUUCAAUGAAGAUGUUUCAGCAACAACAACAUGUUCCCGACAGUAAUGUUGAAACAAUCGGGACAAACGGGACCAGUGGAUCCCCCAAUAACUCGGCGUUCAUGCCGUUUGGCCAGCCAGGAACUGCUGGAUUUCCAUUGAUUCAAAACUAUGCAGACAUGUCGAUCGGUGGAGCGCUCACACCAGGUGGUAGUGCUGUCAAGUCGGCAGCCAUUAGGACGUCAUUGAACCACAAGAAUGGAGUGCGUGAUGAAUCUAUCCAGGCUACUGAUCGCCCCAGGAAAAUUGCACGUGGCAAGCAAACAUCUGUGACGAUGACUGAAGAUCAGUUGCAACUGGACGCCGAGGAACCUGUGUUUCACACGAUUCCGUUUCGGAUCAAUGGGUUUGUGGUACCGUUGGAGGUGGACAUCAAUGCACUAAAACGAAGUCUGGGGUUAGUACAUGCGGUCGACGACGUGCCUACCGGCAGUUUGGAUCCCGGGUCGCAUUUAUAA